GACAGGUAAAAACGUUUUAGCUAUCACAACAUAAUUGUUAACCGCAAUAUAAAACUUCAAUGUUUGACUUUUAAACAGGAGCAAAAUAAUUUUAAAAAGUUUUAUUUAUUUUUUUAGCUUAUUUGCAUUAAAUCUCUUAUAAUGUCAAUAAACCAGAAAAGUAUUACAAUUAUAGCUUCAAAUUUUGGUAAUACUUAUGUGCUGUUUUUAACAUUAGUGUUGCUUAUUGCUUCAAUCAAAAUAUUUAAGAAUCGCCGUAAGAUAAUAUUGGGUAGUAAAAUACCCAGUUUAAAAGGAAGUCUUCUAAAAGUGUUUAUUCAAGGGCCUGAACAUUUUCUGCCAGGAAUUCUAAAAAUUGCUAAACAAAGAAAUUUUCAAACUACCAAAGGCUGGAUUUUGGAUCAUUUAUACGUAAAUGUUUGUGAUCCCGAUGAAAUAGAACAAAUUUUGACUAAACAAGAAACGUUUAAAAAAGCAAGGGAGUAUAAAUCACUAAAAGAUUCAGUAUUUGGAGAAGGAUUAUUUGUUAUGAAUAAUUUAGAACAAUGGAAAACAGUAAGAAAAGUUGCAUUUGAAGCUCUUAAAAUAUCAAUAUUCAAAUCAUUUAUACCGAUAUUUUACGAGGAAGCUAUAAUUUUAAGUAAAAAACUAUUAGAAAAACGGAGUGUUGAAUCACAUGAUUGUGAAAUAAGUGUAUUAGUUAGUUUUGCUGUAUUGGAUAUUUUUGGACGAACAACAUUAGGAGAAAAUUUUAAUUCACAAUCUAAAUCUGGACAUAUAUUUUUUAAAAAUGCAGAAAUUUUAAAAAAGGCUUUGAUUCAUAGAAUUCUAAAUCCAUGGUUUUCAUCUUCACUAACAUUUUGUAUUUCUCCAUGGAAAAAAAAACAUGAUGAAAGUAUGCGUAUUUUACAAAAUUAUACUGACAAUCUAAUUUUAAAAAAAAAAAUUCAGAUGAAUAGAAAUUUAAAUAGAUUUGAAGAAGAAGAAAACAGUGUUGAGGCCCAAAUUCAUUCAACAUUAAUAGAAGUCCUAGUAAAAAAAAAUUUUCAAAAUAAGGAAAUUCGUGAUAAUUGUAUUAAUGCAAUGUUUGCGGGACAUGAUACUACAAAUACGACAAUAUCAUGCGCAAUAUUUAUGUUAGCUCAUAAUCAAGAUGCACAAAAACAAGUUUUUGAAGAAUUAACAGCAAUAUUUUCAUCUGAAAAUUCAGAUAGACAGCCUACCUAUGAAGAUUUGAAUAAAAUGGAGUACUUAGAACGUGUUAUUAAAGAAACAUUAAGAUUAUUUCCACCGUUACCUGUUUUAGGCAGAAAAGUCUCUAAGGAAAUUAAACUAGGAAAUUAUUUAAUUCCAAAAGGUACGACAAUCACUGUAUUUCCAUAUGUUGUACAUUCAAACCCAAAACUUUACCCAGAUCCAGAAAAAUUUAACCCAGAUAAUUUUUUGCCAGAAGUGUGUCUCAAGCGUCAUCCAUAUGCAUUCCUUUCAUUUGGCGGUGGUUUAAGAGUUUGUGCUGGAUUAAAAUAUUCCAUUAUUAAUAUGAAGACGGUACUAUCUACACUUAUUAGAUCUUACCACUUCUCCCCUUCUGAUAAAUGCCCAAACCCUGAGAAUCUUCGGACAAUGUUUUCAAUGAACUUAGCUUUUGUUGAUGGAUGUUAUGUUAAAAUACAAACUAGAGAAAAAUAUAAUUAAUAAUAAGGUCUUUAAUAUUUUUUAAAUUUUAUAUUAAACUCACGAAUAGAGUCACGUAAACUGGUGUUUAUUUAUUUGUAAGUUGAAAUUUUCAUUUUUUUU